AUGACAAGGCAAGAUGCUCAAAGCUUCCAGUACACGUGCAAGGAGGUUGACUCUGGAGCCGAAGUUGAAACACGGACAUAUAACUCGUGCCAACGCAUCCAGUCUCUUGCAUUCGCACAUCCUCUCUCCCCCCACUCGACCUCGACCUCCCACUCCGCUCACUCCAACAUGGACACGGCCGGAGUGUCUGCUACGCUUCGCGCCGAGCAGCAAGCGCGCCAGGCAGCGCGCGAGGCGCGCGCUUCGUACUAUGCGCACCCGCUCCUCCACCUGCACACUUACAUCGGCGAGGAUUCCACCUCGGACUCGUCCAACGAACACCUGCCGCCCCUCGUCUCGCCGACCGCCGCGCCGCUCAACGCUCCUUUCUCCGCAGAGGCCCCAGCGGCGCCGGUGGCGGGCUCGUCAACGGGAGUUCAGGCUGAAGGCCCGCCCGUUCCCCCCAAGACAGCCGACGCGCUCCUUCAGCACCGCCCGCCCGCGACCGAAGUCGAGGCAGAGGAGCCCAACAAGGCCAUCUUUCCUCGCCCUGGCCCGACUGCAGAGGCGAUCGAGGCUGCUCGGAAGGACCCCAAAGCUGCUGCUACUGGCCCGAACGGCGCGCCAGCAAAGGCCGAGCCCCACUGGAGCACGUUGGCUGCUAUGCAGCCUCACCUUCAGCUGAUGUGCGGUCCUUUGCUGUCCUACUACACGAUUCUCGAUGGCGUCUGGUACGGCGCGGCCAUGGUCGUCACAGCCGACAACGGAAGCCAGUUCGAGCCCACUCCCCUGCUGCACCUCCGCUUCAACCGGUACGCUGGUGUGGACCAGACGGGGCCCGAGGUUCUGCCUCCCGCGACGAUCCCUUCCCAAAGGAUCUACACCUACAACGACCCCAAGCAAGGGCCGUGCUCGUUCUGGCGAUUCAUGCUGCAUAUCCCCGUUCAGCACGCCGAAACCGUGGUCAAGUACAGCCUGAACCGAGGUGCCGAGCUCGCGUUUGUGGUGCCGGCGCUCGGUCAGAACCUGCGCUGGACGGCACACAGUUGUAACGGCUUCUCGUCUGGUAUCAACCCCGAUGACUUCAAGGGCGACUGGGACUCGGGCUAUGAUCCACUGUGGGAGGACAUGCUGGAGAAGCACCACCUCCAGCCCUACCAUUGCAUGGUGGGCGGCGGUGAUCAGAUCUACUGCGAUGCCCUGACGUUGGAGCCUGAGAUGCAGUCGUGGAUCAAUGCUCCCGAUCGCAAGGCCAAGCUCUCGCAUCCUCUGACGGAUGACUUCAAAGCUGCUCUGGACCGUUUCCUGUUCAACCACUACGCUCUGCAUUUCCGCCGCGGCGCAUUUGGGCGCGCCAACUCGACCAUUCCAAUGGUCAACAUGCUGGACGACCACGACCUUAUUGAUGGCUUUGGCACGUACGAUGACGAGACGAUGGCAUCGCCCGUCUUCUCAUACAUCGGAAGCCGCGGAUACUUUUGGUUCCUGCUGUUCCAGCUGUUUACAGUGGACGAAGUCGACGGCGUCGAUCACGAGUACCCGUCGCACCCCAUCAAGAGCAUGGUUAUCGGUGCCCACGGCCCGUGGAUUCCGUUCCACAACCACUCGCUCUCCGUGUACCUCGGCCCCAAGGUCCACAUGAUUGCACUCGACUGCCGUGCGGAGCGCAAGCUGAACCAGAUUGUCUCCCCCGAGACGUAUUCCAUCAUCUUCGACAUCAUCGACCGUCUUCCCCCGAACGUCGAGCAGCUCGUCAUGCUCCUCGGUGUGCCAAUCGCGUACCCGCGCAUGUCGUUCCUCGAGCACUUCCUCGGCGCCAAGUACAACCCGGUCAACAUCCUGGCCCGCCACAAUGCCCUGGGCUUGGGCGGCAUGGUGAACAAGUUCAACCAGGCCUCGGAGCUCCUCGAUGACCUCAACGACCAUUGGUGUGCCAACGUCCACAAGAAGGAGCGCAACUGGCUCGUGCUCGAGAUGCAGCGCAUCGCCCAGACUCAGAAGCUGCGCAUCACCUUCCUCUCCGGCGACGUGCACCUCGCCGCGGUUGGAUGCCUCUUCACAUACAAGGCCAAGCUCGACCCCGAGGUUGACCACAGGUACAUGCUCAACGUUGUCUCGAGCGCCAUUGUCAACACGCCGCCGCCCGCAGGCGCGGCUGCGAUGGUUUCGAUUCUGUCCGGACACAAGCACCGCACCUUGCAUAAGCAGCGCACCGACGAGAAGAUGCUGCCAGUGUUCGACAAGGACACGGAUGGCAAGGCGCAGCGCAAGCCGUUCGUGCUCCCACGGCGAAACUACGCCUCGAUCGAGUACCUUCCGUCUGGUGAUCUCGUCUUUGACAUCCGUGUCGAGAAGCACAAGGGCUCGGGAGACACCGUCUCGUACCCAGUCAAGGCGCCACCUCCCCGCUGGGAGGCGCGCGCAUACACUGCCCCAUCUGUCGCCCCGUCUGUCGGUGCACCCUCUGUCCAGAACGGCGGUGCUAACUAGGAUGGGGGGCAGGAGGAGCGACAAGAGCACAAAACACGACGAUGGCUGUCCGCCAUUUGUUGUAGUAUGAUGAUUCGCAGAGAGUGAUAUAUCACGCGUUGGACGAUACCCAUGAGAUACCCCGAGCC